UGGCAUGUCAAUUUGCCAGCUCGCUUCGAUUUAGUUUGGCAGAUGUGAAAAUGGAUUGAUUGUAAUUUUAAAUAAAAAAACGAAGAUAACUGAAUGAAUGCACUGAGUGAUAUUGUCGAUACUCGUAAAGUGGUUGUAUAGUAAACAAAGGCACGAGUUUAUUUAUAAAAAUGGCUUCAAGGGGUGGUGUUAUGGUAACUGGUACAAAUGGUGCAGAUUUUCAGCACAGGGAAAAAAUAGCGGCUCAGUAUCAAAUAAGUGCAUUAAACAAGUCGAGGCUGAAGUACUGUGUAUUCUUCCACCAUGUAUUGUUCCUGGUGAUGCUGGCCAAGCUCUCCGCUGACAUAUUGGAUAAACUGGACAUUUUUAUACUGGAGAUAGAAGAGUUGCAAAUUCCACAGCCGCUCUGGUGGGAGUACAUCUGGUGCCUAUCCCUGCCACUCUCGUUCCUCGGCCUGUCAGCAAUCAAACGCAACAACAUACUGCACCUGCGUAGAUACAUGUACGGUAUAUCGGGGCUCGGCCUGCUGCCGCUGUUGUACUGUGUGCUGCAUUACUGCGGAGACGUGUGGGUGUAUCUCGCUGAUGAUGAUGAUGAUGAGGAGAUUCAAUUGUGGCAGGGUUAUCCCUACGGUCUUCUCUGGUACGCCUUCGUGUUCUUAGCGUGUCAAGUUCAUUUCUUCCAACUAUACUUUUCCUACAACCUGCUGAAGGCCUGGCGCUCCAGAGGCACUUAUAAGAAAGGAAAUUAAUAUAUUCAACGUUAUCCUAAGAAUUUUGUGUACGCAAAACAAUUUUUGGAAGAUUUUUCUGUUUGAAAUGGGUUAAAUGUUUAAAAGAAAUGUUUAAUAUCUGUUAUUGUUAUAAUGAGAUUUUUAUUUUUUGUUGAAAAACCAGGAUAAAGGAACCAAUUUAAAUAUAGAUUUUUUGGUAUAAAAAUAAUCUCUAAUAACGCCUUAAAAUUGUGAAAAUAUAAAAUGCUGUAACAUGGUCUCUAUAUUUAAUCUCUUUUUAAUCAUUGUUUAAUGAGUGUUUAAUUAUAUUCAUUUUUUAUUGCUCUCUACUACUAGCAAGAGGAGGGUUGUUUAAAGGUAAUACUCGGUUGACAAGUACAUAUGAAUUUUCAUAAAAAUUACAUAAAAUUUAAACUUAAUUAAAAUCU